GCCUAACCACCACAAAGUGUGAUUUGGAGAUGGAUUCUAUUUCUCUUCCUCUCACAGAAUCAAAAUCUGUUACACAAUACCAUCAGUAUCAAGGCAUUUUUCAGUCUAACAAACAAUGGCUGCUGCAGCUUCUCCCAUGGCUAGCCAGCUCAAGAGCAGCUUCACAGCAUCUGUUACAAGGGGACUACUUUCUCCCAAGGGUAUCUCUGGACCUCCUUUGAGGGUCCUGCCUUCCAGGAGAAAGACUUGCUUAACCAUCAAAGCUGUCAAGGCAGAGAAGCCAACUUACCAAGUGGUUCAACCAAUUAAUGGCGACCCAUUCAUCGGAAGCCUAGAAACACCCGUAACAUCUAGUCCGUUGAUUGCUUGGUACCUCUCCAAUCUGCCAGCCUAUCGGACCGCUGUCAACCCUCUCCUAAGAGGUGUUGAAGUGGGCUUGGCCCAUGGGUUUCUCCUUGUUGGGCCCUUUGUUAAGGCUGGCCCUCUAAGGAACACCGAAUAUGCAGGAGCAGCUGGGUCUUUUGCAGCAGGAGGCCUCGUUGCAAUAUUGAGCAUUUGCUUGACAAUCUAUGGAAUUUCUUCAUUCAAUGAAGGAGAGGCCUCAACUGCUCCCUCACUAACAUUGACAGGGAGGAAGAAGGAGCCUGAUCAGCUACAAACUGCAGAUGGGUGGGCCAAGUUCACUGGAGGGUUCUUCUUUGGUGGGAUUUCUGGUGUCAUCUGGGCUUACUUCCUCCUAUAUGUUCUAAACCUUCCUUACUUUGUUAAGUAGAUAUAUUUGGUUUUGUCUAUAUUUUGAUGCCACUCAAGACUCUUUGUUGUAUGUAUUUAUUUGGAAAGGAGUAUAGAUAUGGAGAACUGUAUAUUUCAAGACUGCAUAGUUAGAAGAAAAUUAAAAAUCCUUGACUUCAA